AUGUCCAAGUCGUUCGUCUUCGUCACUGGCAACGCCAACAAGCUCAAGGAAGUCAAGGCGAUCCUCGCGACCGGAGACAGUGGUAUCGAAGUCACCAACCAGGCUGUUGACGUCCCCGAGCUCCAGGGCACGACGCAGGAGAUCGCCAAGGCCAAGGCGGCAACCGCGGCCAAGAUUAUCGGUGCGCCGUGCGUCACUGAGGACACGGCGCUGUGCUUUGAGGCUAUGGGCGGGCUGCCUGGACCCUACAUCAAGGACUUCUUGGGUACUCUUGGACAUGACGGCCUCAACAAGAUGCUCGCUGGCUUCGGAAACACAAACGCCUACGCCCUCUGCACCUUUGCCUACUGCGAGCCCGGGUCUGAACCCAUCCUCUUCGAGGGCCGCACUGACGGGCGUAUCGUGCCGGCUCGUGGGCCAACCAACUUUGGCUGGGACCCGAUCUUUGAGCCCGUCGAGGGCAAUGGCCGGACGUACGCCGAGAUGGAUGGGGCAGCCAAGAAUGCCAUCUCGCAUCGCUAUCGCGCACUCGAGAAGCUCAGGGCAUACCUCGCGGCCAAGUAG